CUCAAAGAUAGGACCGCAACGUCAGUGACAAGACAGAUAGGCGAGGCCGUUAUGGGGGAACGUUGACCGUUCCCAGCAACGACGCUUCGGAGCUAAACGUUCUCAGUAUUACCACCGUGUUCAGUGCAUUCCUCCUUCCAUAAAAGGCUGAAAGAGCGCCAUGGCAGCCAAACUCUCAUAUUCCCUGGCACGGACCAGCGCUGCGAGGAAGGCCAAGGAGCGUUCCCUGGAACCUCUGACGGAAGUGGACGAGUUCGAGCGUGGUGUGGUGGACUCCAACUGGUGCUCCAGGCUGUCCAUAGCCCUCCUCUGGACCGUGGGUGUACUGCUCGUUGUGUCUCUAGUGUCCGUCAUCGUCUACGUCGAGUUCUUCUUCAAGUGGAAUUUUCCGUUCAGGAUAGACUGUAACCUCGAUGACAAGCUCGACUUCAACCGGUGCCUCCGAAGAGGCUGCAGGUAUGUGGUGACGGACGAGAAGCUUCCAGUCUGUUUCUUCCCUGAUGACCACGGCUACAUCAAAGUCGGAACCGAAGAACUUACAUCCGAUGGUUUCAAGCUCAUGUUGCAUAGGGAUUCCAAUCGUACGAUCAUAGGGAAAGAAUAUGAAUAUGUGCGACUGCAAGUGUUCUACGAGACACGAAACAGGAUACGGUUUAAGUUUGAGCCCGAAAACGACACUCGGCACGAAGCUACAGUGCUCCCAGUCACCACUGCUGUAAACGCUCACCCGUUCGACUCGCUUUACCGAGUCACUUAUGAAGAUGGAAAACCGUUUGGAAUCAAGGUGCACAGGAACGAGACAGGAACGAUUCUGUUCGACAGUACACUUCCCGGAAUGGUGCUCUCGGAUCAGUUCCUGCAAUUGUCAUCGCGGUUGGCUACGGAACAUUUUUUCGCAUUUGGCCGGAAUUUGACGAAACAAAGCGGUCUCGAAUGGGAGAAAUGGACCCUCUUCUCCAGGGCACACGAAGACGAAAACACCAACGAUCCUAGUGUCCAUCCGUUUUACAUUGUGGUCGAAGACGAUGGUAAAGCCCAUGGUGUGCUACUACUCAACAGCAAUGCUAUUGACAUGUUGGUGCAACCGGAAAAAGCGAUCACCUUUAGAACGAUUGGAGGGAUUUUGGACUUUUACCUUCUCGUUGGUUCUUCGCCAGCGGAUGUCGUCCAGCAGUACUUGGAGCUAGUUGGACGACCUUUCAUGCCUCCCCAAUGGGCACUGGGACCUCAGACGACGAUAUCGUCAGAAGCAGAUCUGUAUGCGGUUCCGCACCUGCUAGGCCUGCUGCAGUCUCACGGAGUGUCGCUGAGUGCAAUCCGCAUCGACAGGGGUUACGUACGCGGACUGCAGAUGAAUAAUGACGACGUGAAUUUGACGUCCCAUAUCAGGGCUACAGGAGUGAAGCUUCUUCUUACAGCAGAUCCUCUCGUUCACGUGACUGACGGCGACAAGGAUUUGCUGAUACUGAAUGGAUGCUCAGCCUUCACAGACUUCAGCAACCCAAAGGCCGUUACCUAUUGGGAGGACAGGUGCAAGAAGCUCUACAACGACGUCGAAUACGACGGGCUGGUCCUUAACUCCAACGAGCCAUCUUAUCCAGAUAAUGUGAACUGGUCGUCAUGCAGCAAUAACACCUGGAAUUACCCACCGUACGUUCCUGGAGGCUUUGCUGAGCUGUUCCACCGCUCAGUGUGCGGCGAUGCCAAGCAGUUUGGAGGAAGACACUAUGACCUGCACAAUGUCUACGGUCACACGCACGCUGAAGCCACGUGGAAAGCAAUCCGAGCAACUGCACCAGGCAAGCGGCCAGUGAUCAUUAGCAGCUCCACGUUCGUUGGCUCUGGGAAGUACGCUGGCCACUUGUAUCAGCCCAGCGGUCACUGUUCUGGGGAGGCCAUCCGCGCUUCCAUUGUCAAAGUCACAGAGCUGUCACUCGUUGGAAUUCCUUAUGCUGGCGUAGAAAUGCCUUACGGUUUUGCCGAGUGUUCCGACACACUGCAGGCGAGGUGGCUGCAGAUGGCCGCAUUUUUCCCGCUGUCUACGUUUCCUGCACCACGAAGGCUGGAGCCUGACCAGCGGGAGAAUGGUUUCCAUUUUAUUGCGGCCGCAGCGAACGCAACGAAAGAUGCCCUACAAACACGCCAACUGCUGGUGCCGUACCUUUACACUCUAUUUUUUGAAGCACAUACCGCAGGUUUACCGGCUGCGCGCCCAUUGUUCUACGAAUUCCCACAGGACAACAGCGUGUUUCGUAUCAACCAACAGUUCAUGUUGGGGCCAGCCAUCCUAAUUUCUCCUGCAGCUGAUGAGGAGGGCAACAUGGAAGCAUACUUCCCGCUCGGUAUCUGGUACGAGUUCACCACUGGAAAAGCGAUACGGAGCGAGGAAGGCUCAUUUUUGACAUUAUCAACAUUCCCAAACCCGCAUAUCCAUAUCAGAGGAGGCCACAUUGUGCCUCUCCAAAACUCUACUCUGGGACAAACCUCACUGGAGCUGUUUGUUGCACCAGAUGUCAAUGGGGCAGCUAUUGGAAGGAUAUUUCUCGAUGACAAGGAAACCUACCGUGAAGACUUGAAGAGCGACAGCCAGCAAAUGAGCUUUACAUUUUCCAAGAGAGACACCUUGUACACCUUGACCACAAUACUCGAGUCCAGUGAAAGAAAUGAUGCAGGAGUUGUCUUAAGUAGCAUUCGAAUAUGUGGAAUUCCCAAACCAUCCAGCAUUGAAAUGAGUGGAAAAGGCAAAACACUCGACUCCAUGUACUACUAUGAAGGAAAUGUACUUCAUUUGCACUCCCUAGACCUUCAGCCUGGAAACCACACGAUAAGAAUCACAUCUCCAGCGAAUGUUUAUUAAAGAACACAGGCUUCUGUACAAAUGAUGCAAUAUUUCAAAUGAUCUACCACGGCA